ACUGUGUGUAAAUAGAGGGUUCUAACCAAAUCCAAAAGGGUCUCUGAAUCUAUAAGAAAAAUUUAAACUUGAUGUGUUUAAAGUCAUCUUUUCAUACAUUCUUGAAAACCCUAAUUUCUUGAGUUUGUGCUUGAUUAUUGCAUUUUGGUGCUAAAUAUCUAUAUAGUAAACCCUAGUUUUCUAAUAGCUGAAUUUUGCCCCCUUUGAAGUUAUCAUGAUGUUUGUGGCACUUAAAAUCAGUUCGUUCAAGUAAAGUUGAAGGUUAAUAGAGAAAGGGGGAAAAGAAGCCAUGGAUGGGGAUGAUAAGGAUGUAAUGUUGGCGUGCAUAAUUUCAGGAACCCUUUUCGCUGUUUUGGGGGUGGCUUCUUUUUCGAUACUUUGGGCAGUUAAUUGGCGGCCGUGGCGGAUAUAUAGUUGGAUAUAUGCUAGAAAAUGGCCAAGUUUCUUACAAGGGCCUCAGUUGGGAAUAGUAUGUGGUUUUCUUUCACUAUGUGCAUGGCUGGCUGUAAUUUCACCUAUUGUAGUUUUAAUCACAUGGGGAUGUUGGUUGAUUUUAAUUCUUGGUCGAGAUAUCAUCGGGUUGGCAGUCAUAAUGGCUGGAACAGCUCUUCUUUUGGCGUUUUAUUCGAUCAUGCUUUGGUGGAGAACACAAUGGCAAAGCUCGAGGGCUGUUGCUGCUCUUUUACUUCUAGCUGUUGCACUGCUAUGUGCGUACGAACUGUGUGCAGUUUAUGUCACAGCUGGUUCUACUGCUCCACAGCGGUACUCACCUUCAGGAUUCUUCUUUGGAGUGUCGGCAAUUGCUUUAGCAAUCAAUAUGCUCUUCAUUUGCAGAAUGGUCUUUAAUGGCAACGGUUUGGAUGUUGAUGAAUAUGUCCGAAGUGCAUACAAAUUUGCUUAUUCCGACUGUAUUGAAGUUGGUCCAGUUGCAUGUUUACACGAACCACCAGAUCCGAAUGACUUAUACCCUAGACAGUCUAGAAGGGUGUCACACCUUGGGCUUCUUUACUUCUGCUCACUUCUUGUACUUCUAGUAUAUUCUAUAUUGUAUGGUUUAACUGCUAAGGAGUCCAAUUGGCUUGGGGCUAUUACAUCAGCUGCUGUUAUAAUCCUUGACUGGAACAUGGGCGCCUGUUUAUACGGGUUCGAGCUUCUUCAAAGUCGUGUUAUAGCCCUCUUUGUUGCUGGCACAUCUCGUGUAUUCUUGAUCUGCUUUGGUGUUCAUUACUGGUAUCUUGGCCACUGUAUCAGUUAUGCAAUUGUAGGGUCUGUUUUACUCGGUGCAGCUGUGACACGUCACUUAUCUGUUACUAACCCACUGGCUGCAAGACGAGAUGCCUUGCAAAGUACGGUGAUUCGUUUACGAGAGGGUUUCCGUAGAAAAGAACAGAUCAGUUCGUCUAGCUCAUCAGAGGUUUGCCGUAGUAGUAGUGCCGAAACAGGACACCUUGGUAAUAGUGCACAUUGCAUGGGUGACCCGAACAGUUGGAAUCAUGUGGAGGGAGUCAACAGUGAGAGAAGCUUAGAUAGCGGAAGACCUAGUUUAGCCUUGCGUAGUAGCUCUUGCCGAUCGGUUGUUCAAGAGGCUGGAGUUGGCCCGUCAUCAUACAUGGAAAGAAAUAGUGAACAGCCUUGCUCGUUGAUGGUUUGUUCUAGUAGCGGGCUUGAAAGCCAAGGGUGCGAGUCUAACGAAUCGAUCUCGGCUAAUCAACAAGUCUUGGAUUCGAAUUUAGCUUUGGCGUUUCAAGAAAAGUUGAAUGACCCGAGGAUCACAUCUCUAUUGAAGAGGAGAGCCAGGGCUGGAGAUAUUGAGUUGACUAAUUUAUUGCAAGAUAAAGGUUUAGACCCAAAUUUUGCUGUUAUGCUGAAGGAAAACGGGUUGGAUCCAACGAUUCUUGCACUGUUGCAGAGGAGUAGUUUAGAUGCAGAUAGAGAUCAUCGUGACAAUAACGAGGUUAUGAUUAAUGAGUCGAGUGAUGUCAACAAUGAUUUGCCUAAUCAAAUAUCGUUGUCUGAGGAACUUAGGGUUCGUGGACUGGAAAAAUGGCUUAGAAUAUUCAGACUUCUUUUUCAUCAUGUUGCUUGUACCCCUGAGCGGGCGUGGGUCCUAUUCAGUUUUGUCUUUAUUGUCGAAACCGUAAUUGUGGGCCAAUUUCGACCGAAAACUGUUGAAGUCAUCGGUGCAACACACCAACAGUUUGAAUUUGGUUGUGCUGUGUUUCUAUUAUCCCUCGUUAUUUGUUCCAUUAUGGCUUUUCUUCGCUCACUACAAGCUGAAGACAUGGUUAUGACGUCAAAACCCAGAAAGUAUGGUAUUAUUGCAUGGCUACUGAGCACUUGUGUCGGCCUUCUGCUGUCUUUCUUGAGCAAGUCAUCUGUUCUCCUCGGUUUGUCUUUGACCAUUCCACUCAUGGUUGCAUGCCUUUCUGUCGCUAUUCCUAUAUGGAUCCGUAAUGGAUAUCGGUUUUGGGUAUCAAGAGAUGACUAUGGAGGUCAAGUAGGAAAUUAUCGUUCUUUCUGGAUGAAAGAGGGUGUUGUUCUAUCGAUCUGCAUAUCAAUAUUUGUUGGAUCAGUGUUAUCUCUCGGUGCAAUAGUCUCUGCAAAACCAUUGGAGGAUCUAGGCUACAAGGGUUGGGCAGGUGGUCAGAACAGUAUAAAAUCACCAUAUGCAUCAUCAGUUUACCUUGGGUGGGCCAUGGCAUCUGUGAUUGCUUUGUUAGUUACCGGCCUGUUACCAAUUGCAUCAUGGUUUGCCACAUACCGUUUCUCUCCGUCUUCAGCUAUAUGUGUUGCUAUAUUUUCAGUUGUCCUUGUUGCAUUUUGUGGUGCAUCGUAUCUGGAGGUUGUGAAUUCUAGAAAAGACAGUGUUCCAGAGAAGGCCGAUUUUCUAGCUGCAUUACUUCCAUUGGUGUGCAUUCCGGCUUUACUGUCUCUUUGUUCUGGUUUGCUUAAAUGGAAGGAUGACAACUGGAGACUUUCGCGAGGUGUUUAUGUGUUUGUAAUAAUUGGUCUUCUUCUGCUUCUUAGUGCAAUAUCAGCAGUUAUAGUCAUAAUCGAUCCAUGGACGAUAGGGGCAUCUUUUCUCCUACUUCUUCUCCUGAUUGUUUUAGCCAUCGGUAUUAUCCAUUUCUGGGCUUCAAAUAACUUCUACUUAACCAGAAUGCAAAUGGUCUUCGUUUCUUUUCUCGCAUUUCUAUUGGCCCUGGCUGCACUUGUUGUUGGUUGGCGUCAAGGCAGAUUUUUUGUUGGAGCCUCUGUUGGGUACUUUUCAUUUUUGUUUCUUCUGGCUGGCAGGGCAUUAACUGUUCUUCUCUCACCUCCUAUUGUUGUAUAUUCUCCACGAGUGCUGCCUGUAUAUGUAUAUGAUGCUCAUGCAGAUUGUGGGAAAAACGUCAGUGUUGCUUUCAUUGUCCUUUACGGGAUUGCGCUGGCAAUCGAAGGAUGGGGUGUUGUUGCAAGCUUAGUAAUAUAUCCACCGUUUGCUGGAGCAGCUGUGUCAGCAAUUACACUUGUUGUAUCAUUUGGUUUUGCUGUUUCUCGACCAUGUUUGACUCUCGAGAUGAUGGAGGAUGCUGUACACUUUCUCAGUAAGGACACUGUCAUCCAAGCAAUCUCUCGAUCUGCUACCAAGACCAGAAAUGCACUGUCAGGAACUUAUUCAGCUCCACAGAGGUCUGCUAGUUCGGCGGCUCUUUUAGUUGGGGACCCUGCUGUCACACGUGACAGGGCAGGAAAUUUUGUGCUCCCAAGAGCGGAUGUCAUGAAAUUAAGAGAUCGUUUGAAAAACGAAGAACUAGCUGCAGGAUCCAUUAUCCGCAAGAUAAAGCACGGGAUAUUGUUUCAACAUGAUUCAACCAAUGAUAUAGGUUAUAGAAGAGAAAUGUGUGCACAUGCACGGAUAUUAGCCUUAGAAGAAGCAAUUGAUACUGAAUGGGUAUACAUGUGGGAUAAAUUUGGUGGUUAUUUGCUUCUUUUGCUCGGUUUGACCGCCAAGGCUGAACGUGUGCAGGAUGAGGUUCGUCUAAGACUCUUUCUUGAUAGUAUCGGGUUUUCAGAUUUAAGUGCUAAAAAGAUCAAGAAAUGGAUGCCAGAAGACCGUAGGCAGUUUGAAAUUAUACAAGAGAGUUAUCUAAGAGAGAAAGAGAUGGAAGAAGAAAUCUUGAUGCAGAGGCGUGAAGAGGAAGGCAGGGGUAAAGAGAGGAGAAAAGCGCUUCUAGAAAAGGAAGAACGGAAAUGGAAGGAGUUAGAAGCUACCCUUAUAUCAUCUAUUCCAAAUGCUGGAAGCAGGGAGGCAGCCGCAAUGUCCGCUGCAGUGCGAGCAGUAGGCGGUGAUUCAGUUCUUGAUGAUUCUUUUGCACGUGAGCGAGUUUCAAGCAUUGCACGCAGAAUUCGUUCCACUCAGUUAGCUCGUCGAGCCCUCCAGACGGGAAUUUCCGGUGCUGUGUGUGUUCUUGACGAUGAACCAGUAACGAGUGGUAGAUACUGUGGCCAUCUGGAUCCCACUAUAUGUCUUACCCAAAAGGUCAGUUUUUCAAUGGCGGUUAUGAUCCAACCCGAGUCUGGUCCUGUUUGUCUCUUGGGUACCGAAUUUCAGAAACAAGUGUGUUGGGAAAUUCUUGUUGCUGGAUCUGAGCAAGGAAUGGAGGCAGGCCAAGUCGGACUUAGACUGAUAACUAAAGGUGACAAGCAGACCACUGUUUCAAAGGAGUGGAAUAUUGGUGCAGCAUGUAUUGCGGAUGGAAGGUGGCAUACUGUUACGGUGACGAUUGAUGCUGAUUUAGGAGAAGCAACUUGCUAUUUGGAUGGUGGUUUUGAUGGGUACCAAACAGAGUUACCAUUGCGUGUGGAAAAUGGAAUUUGGGAUAAUGGAACAGAAGCGUGGGUCGGUGUUAGACCACCGACAGAUGUGGAUGCAUUUGGAAGGUCCGAUAGUGAAGGAGCUGAAUCCAAAAUGCACAUAAUGGAUCUUUUCCUUUGGGGAAGAUGCCUAUCAGAAGACGAAGUUUCCGCUCUACCUGCCGCGAUGGGUUCCACUGAGUACAAUAUGCUUGAUCUUCCUGAAGACAAUUGGCAAUGGACAGAUUCUCCCCCUCGGGUUGAUGAGUGGGAUAGUGAUCCAGCUGAAGUGGAUUUAUACGACCGAGACGAUGUAGAUUGGGACGGUCAGUAUUCUAGUGGGAGGAAAAGAAGAUCGGAACGUGAGGGGGUGGUUGUUGAUAUGGAUUCUUUUGCAAGAAGGUUGAGAAAACCAAGAAUAGAAACUCAUGAAGAAAUCAUUCAGCGCAUGCUAUCGGUUGAACUCGCUGUGAAGGAAAACCUUUUGGCUAAAGGAGAAGCACACUUCACAGAUCAAGAGUUCCCUCCAAAUGAUCGCUCGUUGUUUGUUGACCCAGAUAACCCCCCUUCUAAAUUGCAGGUUGUAUCUAAAUGGAUGAAACCAACAGAAAUAGUGACAGAAAAUCAGUUGGGCUCUUCUCCGUGCUUGUUUUCUGGUGAUGCAAAUCCUUCUGAUGUUUGUCAGGGCCGGUUGGGUGACUGCUGGUUUUUGAGUGCUGUUGCUGUCCUGACAGAGGUUUCACGAAUAUCAGAAGUUAUAAUUACACAAGAAUAUAACGAGGAAGGAAUAUACACCGUCCGUUUCUGUAUUCAGGGUGAAUGGGUUCCUGUUGUUGUUGACGACUGGAUACCUUGCGAGUCGCCGGGAAAACCUGCUUUUGCUACAAGUAAAAAGGGAAACGAACUAUGGGUUUCAUUAUUAGAAAAAGCCUAUGCUAAGCUCCACGGUUCCUACGAGGCACUAGAAGGGGGGCUAGUCCAAGAUGCACUUGUUGACCUUACAGGUGGUGCGGGUGAGGAGAUUGAUAUGAGAAGUGCCCAAGCCCAAAUUGAUCUUGCUAGCGGGAGAUUAUGGUCUCAGUUAUUACGGUUUAAACAAGAAGGAUUCUUACUUGGUGCUGGAAGCCCAUCUGGUUCAGAUGUGCAUAUAUCUUCAAGUGGAAUCGUUCAAGGUCAUGCUUACUCAUUGUUACAAGUACGAGAAGUGGAUGGACAUAAACUCGUUCAAAUUCGAAACCCGUGGGCUAAUGAGGUGGAAUGGAACGGGCCAUGGUCUGAUUCAUCACCGGAAUGGACGGACAGGAUGAAGCAUAAACUUAAGCACAUCCCUCGGGCAAAAGAUGGUAUAUUUUGGAUGUCGUGGCAAGAUUUCCAGAUUCACUUUCGUUCAAUAUAUGUGUGUCGUGUGUAUCCCCCCGAGAUGCGAUACUCUGUCCAUGGCCAAUGGCGAGGUUACAGUGCUGGUGGCUGUCAGGAUUAUGACACAUGGCAUCAGAAUCCACAAUUCAGAAUACGAGCCACAGGCUCAGAUGCUUCGUGUCCUAUACAUGUGUUUAUAACAUUGACUCAGGGAGUGAGUUUCUCAAGAACAACACCCGGGUUCAGAAAUUAUCAAUCUAGCCAUGACUCGAUGAUGUUCUACAUUGGGAUGAGGAUCAUUAAAACUCGGGGACGCCGUGCUGCUUACAAUAUAUAUCUACAUGAAUCGGUUGGUGGGACAGACUAUGUAAAUUCUCGAGAAAUAUCGUGUGAGAUGGUAUUAGACCCUGACCCAAAAGGUUACACAAUAGUACCAACAACGAUACACCCAGGAGAAGAAGCACCCUUUGUUCUUUCUGUAUUCACUAAAGCAUCGAUCACCCUAGAAGCUCUAUAGACUGCAACGUUUUGCUUUUGAAUGGUUUAUCGUCAUGAUUCAAUGUGGGUCGGUACGUUGCUGCUCGGUUUUUUGCAGACUCGUGGACCAAGUCCAAAUUGGUUAACAGCAAGCAGGGGAAUACGUUUGCUUGAAUGCUGGCUAGAGUUCCAGAUUUUGGGUUCAAGUGCUGUGAUUGUUGACGAAGCUUUGAGCUUGUGAAAUAUCGAAGCCAUGUUUUUACAAAAGUAGGGAUUUCUAAGGGCAGGUGUAAGAAUAUAGGGUGUAAUGUAAUGUAAUGUAAUCAAUGUAAGGGUAAUUGAUGUAAAUGAAUAGGAAAAGAGAUAGGAGAAUUUGAGUUAGAUAAAAGGGGGCGGCAGCUGCAGUUUUGAAGUAAGGUUUAGUUAGUUAGUGCUUGCCUUUCCUUUUUAAUUUUUAACAUCAUGUAAAUGUUGACUAUCUUUCAUUGAGUUGAAAUGAGAAAUAUAUUUGCAUCUCA